AUGCUCCAUAAAUCAUUCGCUAAACAUUCGUGCCGCUCGUUUUCUGUACUCAAGAAACUGAAAAAUCUGGAGAAAUCUCCAUCUAGCAAAGUGUCUCAUACUCAUGAUCAAUUUAAACCUCUGUCGGAAGCUCAAGUCGCUUACCUGGAUCGAGCUAUAAGAGUAGACCAGGCUGGAGAGCUUGGUGCAAACUAUAUUUACGCAGGUCAGUAUUUUGUUUUGGCUAACAAGCAUCCACAUCUGAAACCCGUUUUACAGCAUAUGUGGGAUCAAGAAAUUCAUCAUCACAACACAUUUAAUGAUUUACAAAUCAAACGUCGCGUGCGGCCUAGUUUGCUAACACCACUUUGGAAACUUGGCGCAUUUGUUAUUGGAAGUGGCACUGCUAUUAUAUCACCGGAAGCAGCUAUGGCAUGCACAGAGGCAGUAGAAACAGUUAUUGGAGGUCAUUACAACGAUCAGCUAAGAUGUUUAAACAAUCAGUAUGAGAUGGACAAAAUCGACGGUACUAAAGGUCAGAGUCUGGAAAUACAGAAUCUGGUGUCUACCAUCAAGCAGUUCCGGGACGAAGAAUUAGAACAUUUAGACACUGCGGUCGAAUACGAUUCUCACAAAGCCGUUCCUUAUAUCGUUUUGACAGAGGCCAUCAAGGCAAUUUGCAGAUCAGCUGUGUGGACCGCAGAGAGGAUAUGA